GCCUGAUCGCAGCUCAACAGGAAAUAGAAGAAGAAGAAGAAGAAGAAGCCCGGAUCAUGUACAAGGUCGGAGGGGUCACAGGAGUCUCUGGCACUCUGGGAUUGAUUUCUGCCUCCGUGCUGGCGGCCUCCGCGUCCGCUGAUGACGAUAAACCCGGCACGACUCUGAGUGUAGAUGAGCUGUCUCUCUACACGACACCGCAGCAGAGGUUCCAGCGCGUGGAGGCUGAGAGAGGACAGGUGGAGGAGGGCGUGGCCAAACUGAGAAAACUGGCAGAGCCGUACACCAGCUGGUGCCAGCAAACGGCCAGCUCGGCCAGACAGACAGCGCAGGGCGUCUAUGGGACGGUGAAGCCCAAGGUUGACAACACUGUACAGUUCGGGCAGAACAGUUAUGCCUACUUGAAGAACCCUCCGCCUGAGUUUUACCCCAGAGCUGGAGUCAUCGGAUUUGCCGGGAUCCUGGGCCUUUUCCUUGGAAGAGGCUCCAGGCUGAAGAAACUGAUCUACCCGACCGGUCUAAUGGCUGUGUCUGCGUCCAUGUAUUAUCCUCGAGAGGCCGUGACCGUCACAAAGAACACAGGAGACGCUGUAUACGACUGGGCGCUUCAGGCUUAUGUUGCUCUGGAGAAACUCAUCAAGGACAAACCUGCCUCAAAGAAAGAUCAAGCAGAAAAGAGUUCAAGUGGGGAGACCAAAGCUUAGAUUAAAUAUGCCGUUUCUCAGAAGUCCUCAUGACUGCGGUUUGCUGUGCUGUUUUGUUUACAGAUGCAUCAUCAUGUCUCAAGAUCUCCAUCCUUCGCUCACGUUCAUGACCUGCUUUUGCACUUGCCACUUCCUCUUUCGUCUGUCAAUCAUCAGACGGGAGUUAGUGGCCUGACUGAAAAGUUCUGAAUUUGUAAAACUACUGCGAUCGUAUUAAACAGUUGUGUACCAAAAAUAAA